AUGGCUGCUCGAGCAGCGGCUGCCGCUUCAAACAGCUCUGCACCAAGUCUGGCCGCAGCUCGGCCCUCAGCCCGACCGCUUGGGGUGGUCACGAGCAAGAUUCCUGGCCUUAAUGAUGGUAUCACUCGCCCGGAGUCAAAGUUUGAACCAGGUCAACGUGCCCUGUCUGCGAUGAGGAAGGUCUCGCUGGAACGUCCUGCCCCUGUUGAUAGUGACGGUAUACAGCAUGUCCGCCUUCUCAUUAUUCUUGUAGAGUUUGAAGACCAGAAAAUCGGGACUGGCAAGCAUGAAUACUUCAAGGAUCUAUUCUUCUCGGAGAACAAGAUCGAGUCCGGUAGUGCUGCUGAGUACUACAAAGACGUCAGCAAUGGCAAGGUCCAAAUGUCAGGCGAUGUUGUUGGGCCAUAUAAACUUCCCCGAUCGCUUGUAGAGUAUUGCAACGGUGACUCUGGAGCAGUCGAAGAGGAGCCUAACGCGCAGACCAUGGCACGAGACGCUCUCGAGGCGAUCAUGACCGAUCCGGUCAAUCCAAUCAAUAUCUCACAGUAUGACAGCGGAGACGAGGACAGGUUUGUUGAUGGCCUUGUCAUCGUGCACGCUGGAUCUGGCGCGGAAGCCGAACCGGACGACCGAAAGGCAAAAAAUCUGAUCUGGUCCCUUCAGUGGAACAUUGGAACGCCUGUUGUGCAAGACGGCGUUAGCGCCUUUGCGUUUCUCACCAUUCCCGAAGAUGCACUGCUCGGCGUGACUGUUCACGAGCUGGGACACCUCCUGUUCCACUGGCCUGAUCUGUACGAUCCUGACAACUCAUCCAAUGGUAUUGGUGACUGGUGUCUAAUGGCUGCUGGGUCUUGGAAUGCCCUGCCUGGAAAGCCAGCUGGCACCAAACCAGCGCACCCAUCUGGCUGGUGCAAACUCAAGCAGGGUUGGGUCGAAGCAGUCAAUGUAGCAGAGAAUCAGUCCCUUACGCUCGAGGAUGUCAAAGCGAGUUGGCAGGUGCACAGGCUUUGGGAAAACGGAGACCUUAGAAACAAGGAGUACUUCCUUCUUGAGAACCGUCAGAAGACUGGUUACGACACGGCACUUCCUGGAGAUGGCUUAUUUGGUAUGAAAAGCAUCCCAUUGUUCCCUUCGUUGCUUGAGAACUAA